AUGAGCCGCAAUGUACCUCAGAAUGGUUUUAAUGAGCUAAAGCAGCUUUUGAAUGUGAAGGCAGUUGAGAUUUUUGACAAGUAUCUUGGUUUACCCACCAUGAUUGGUAAGUCCAAGACUAGAAUUUUUAACUUUGUUAAAGAUCGUGUCUGGAAGAAGCUCAAAGGGUGGAAGGAGUCCACUCUUUCCAGGGCAGAUAUUGAAAGGAUGUCUUUUAAUAUUGCCCUUGUGGCCAAAAACUGGUGGAGAAUUUAUACCCAACCUGAAACUUUGCUUGCUCAAGUUUUCAAGGGGGUGUACUUUGCGCAAGGUGAUCUAUUGGGGGCCAAACGUGGCUAUCGUCCAAGCUAUGCUUGGUCUUGUAUCUUGCAGUCCAGCUGGAUUUUUCAGGAGGGUGGUCGGUGGAAAAUUGGUGAUGGUAGUCAGGUUGAUAUUCUUCAUGACCAGUGGCUACCUCAGGGGGUACCUAUUAUAGGUAGUCAAGAUUUAAUGGCUGAAUUUGGAGUGUCCAAUGUCUCUCAUUUAAUUGAUCAUGCAGCCAAAUCUUGGAAGUAUGCUUUGGUGGAUUUUAUUUUCUACCCAGCCACUGUAUCUCAUAUUUUAAAAAUUCCUUUGCCUUUGAAUGGUAGUGUUGAUACUCUCAUGUGGCCAGAAACUGUUGAUGGCAAUUAUUGUUCCAAAUCUGGUUAUAUUUUUGUUCGCAGGAAGCUCCUUGGCGCUUGUUCGUCAACCUCUUCCCAGCCAUCGCUUCCAGCUCCUUUGUGGAAGAAGUUUUGGCGUACUAGUGUCCAGCCCCGUUGCAAAGAGGUGGUGUGGCGUGUGGUUUCAUCUUUACUUCUAGUCCGUGCAGCGCUUCGUCGGAGAGGCAUGGAUGUGGACCCUUUGUGCCCGGUGUGUGCUGAUGAGGAGGAGACUGUGUUUCACUUGUUCGUGUCUUGUCCUGUGGCCUAG